AUGAGUAGAGAUCAGCAAUCAGCAACGAGUAGAGAUCAGCAAUCAGCAACGAGUAGAGAUCAGCAAUCAGCAAUGAGUAGAGAUCAGCAAUCAGCAAUGAGUAGAGAUCAGCAAUCAGCAAUGAGUAGAGAUCAGCAAUCACCAACGAGUAGAGAUCAGCAAUCAGCAACGAGUAGAGAUCAGCAAUCACCAACGAGUAGAGAUCAGCAAUCAGCAACGAGUAGAGAUCUGUAG